ACUCUCGAGUCGAAUUAUUGGAAAAUAAAAGAAUAUUGAGUCGGGCCUCCAAUCGAUUUAUCACUUUCCAACUGAUCCCGAUAAGGGCCGAUAACAAUUUUUAUUUAUUUCUCUCGUUAUCGAAGAUUGCUAUCAUCGACUCAACUCGAGCUCGAAAUUGUUCGAUCAGUGAUAAAUUGUUCCUCGCGUCGCAGGCUUCAACCAUUUUCAGCCUACAAAAUGUGGAUCAACGCCAUUAUUUUUUUCAUUUUCACAACCGAGUGCUUCGCGUUUGAGGAAAAGGACAUGAUUUGCAGCGAUGAUUAUUGCGCAAAAUACGUCGAGGAUCACGGUUGUCCAAAGCUGAGUGAAGCCUGCCUCGCCCAAAACGAAACUCACAAUGGCGUUUUUUUGCCCUUUCCUCAAAUCUGCAAUUGCUGUCGUUACUGCGUUACGAAUCUGAUGCUUGGCGAGGCUUGUGUGAUCGGGACGCCUGGGAUGCCACCUCCUUCGACGAUUUGUGGACCAGGCCUGACCUGCAAGGCGGUUGCGGGUCAGCAAGCCACGUGCCAACGAAUCGAUUCCACUUCUUGUGCCAAAUGUCAGACGAAAUGGGAGACCCUCAGGGUGGAGGGGAAACUGGGGAUGACGGUAGUGAAGCCGCAGUGCGACGAGGAUGGACAGUUCACCCCGGUUCACUGCAUCCCGGGAUCCUUGUGCUACUGUUUGUCGAGUGCUGGAAAUCGGAUAUUCGGGGAAAAGGCAUUUUUGGAUCAUUCGGACGAGCACAAAAUGACGUGUGGAUGCUCCCUGAAUUACAACAAGGCGUUGGAGUCAGUGAAUCCGGAGUUCAAGGAGGCAUUUUUGAGUGCGCGGUGCAACGAGUACGGUCUGUUCGACCCGCUGCAGUGCAUGAUGGGGGAGGAAGCCAAGUGCUACUGCGUGAGUCCCAUUUCCGGUGAGCCCCGGAGCGAGAUCCCUGCAGUUCCGGUUUCGGAACUGAGGCCCGGACAUCCUUCGUGCUUCGAUUCCAAGCUCCACGUCGCUGGUGCUUACGAGAGCGAGUGCGAAAUCGAGCUAAGGGAGUGGCAAGAAAAUUUGGAAAUGAGUACGACGACGACAGCGAGCUCCAGAUUUUCUUCGAGAGCAAUCGGCUUUACAAAACCAAAAUGUCAGCCUGAUGGGAAAUACCAUCGAGUCCAAACCCUUGGAACGAAUCAAAUCUGCGUCGAUCCUUCCGGUCAGCAGAUCGAGGAUUUCGGAGCUCCCGUUGAUUCGGAAGAAGCCAAAUCGAUGAACUGCAAUUGUGCCAGGGCUCGAUAUCUGUUGAGAAGGGAGGGCGUGCUCGAGCUGCCGAAGUGCAACGCCCGAGGCAGUUUCGAUCCGGUUCAGUGUCUCCGGGGUCAGUGUUACUGCGUCGAUUGCAACGGCGAUCAGAUCGGCGUCGAGAAGUCGAGCGAGGAGUUUCUCCCCGAGGCCUGUGCCGAGACUUGUUGUUCGCUCUUUUGUUUAACCGAUCAAUAAAUAAUGGAAAAAAAAUGUUUGUCAACGUCGAGGAAAAUAAAUGAAAACUGUACAAAA